AUGUCCGAUAGAGAAGAUCAAGAUGCGCAGCCACGCAAGCGCAUGCGCCUAAGCACUCCGGACACCGGCGAACAGGCUGCGGUUACAGUGUCGACACCAGCAGAGCCAGCGGACAGAUCACCCAAAACAACAGCGACAUAUGCGCAAGAGUCACAGCUCGAGAAAGAGAUAAGGGCAGGGAUUACAGCCUACGUCAACCCGCACGCACCCGGCUUCACCGGUAUCCUCAAGCAGAGGUAUACGGACUUCUUGGUCAAUGAGAUACUACCAUCUGGACAGGUAUUGCACCUCGAGAGCCUCGAUGUACCGCAACAGACGCAAAAUACAGACAGGAGGAAGGCUGCUGAGACUGAGUCGACAGGGCCUGUAGAGCAGCCGACGAAGCCUGGUACGGACAGUGAAGCAGUGAGUGAGAACGGCAACGGAGAUGCGCAACCUAUUGGUGCCGAAGGACCGGAGAAGAACGGGGCAGAGCAAUCGCCAGAGAUCACCCUUGAGGACACGCAGCUUCUGCACUCGCUUUUUGGAGAGACGACCACCACCGCCAUCACUGCGCUCUACCGUCAAGUCCUAGGCAAGCCAGGCCGAAAGCCCCGAGACCUCCCCUCCGUGAAAUCCGAUGCCUUCGCCGACAAGGAACAACGCACCUCCGCUCACCAAACCAUACGUCGCAUCUUUUGCUCACGCCUCGAGACCACCACAGAAAACGAUGGUACCUUUGUCAUCUCCGCCGCGCCGCCGCGCGACAGAGGCCGGCGCGGCGGCGGGCGCAACCAGCCUGGUACCCGCGGCAAAGGAAAGCUAGGCUGGGACGAGCUCGGCGGUGAAUACCUCCAUUUUACGCUGUACAAGGAGAACAAGGACACGAUGGAGGUGAUAUACUACAUUGCCAGCCAGCUCAAGUACGCGACCAAGCAUUUCGGCUUCGCGGGGACAAAAGACCGACGCGCCGUGACAGUUCAGCGGGUGAGCGUGCACCGCGCACGUGCAGAGGAGCUGGCACGCAUAGCGAAGAACCUGCGGGCCGGGUCAAAGAUUGGGGAUUAUAAGUACGAGCCACGAGGCCUUGAGCUGGGAGACCUGGCGGGCAACGAAUUCGUCAUCACGCUGCGGGACUGUCGCGUCCCUGGCGACGAGGCAGCUGCAACCCGAGAGCACGCGUGGAAUGUUCUCAACAACGCGGUUGCGAGCUUCAAGACCGGAGGCUACAUUAACUACUACGGCCUUCAGCGCUUCGGCUCCUUCGCCACAUCCACCGACGCAAUCGGCGUCAAGCUCCUACAAUCCGACCUCAAAAGCGCCAUCGAUCUUAUCCUGGACUACAGCCCGGCCGCCCUAGCCGCCGCGCAGGAUACCUCUUCCGAAGAGCUGAUAUCGCACGACGACAAAGCUCGCGCAGAGGCGCUGCACAUCUGGCGCACGACCUCGGACGCCUCUGCGGCGCUAGCAAUACUUCCAAGGAAGUUCGCGGCUGAGAGCAACAUCAUCAAGCACCUCGGCUUUAAGGAUAGGAAAGGCCAGCUGAUCCGCAGGACGGACUAUCAGGGUGCGCUGCAGGCUGUGCCCCGCAACCUGCGCCUUAUGUACGUGCAUGCGUACCAGUCGCUCGUGUGGAACAACGUUGCGGGCCGCCGAUGGGAGCGUUUCGGCCAGGAAGUCGUGGAGGGCGAUCUAGUGCUUGUGCACGAGCACAGGGACAAGGAGGAAGGCCACGGGGAGGAGGAGGAGGUCGAUCAGGCGGGCGAGGUUAUUAUCAGGCCUGCGGUGCAUGAUCAGGCUGGCAGCCGGCACGAUGAAUUCGCGCGGGCAAGGCCCCUGUCGAAGCAGGACGCGGAGAGCGGGAAAUACACAGUCUUUGACGUCGUGCUCCCCCUGCCGGGUUGGGAUGUCGAGUACCCCCCAAACGAGAUCGGGGGGUUCUAUAAGGAGUUCAUGGCGAGCGAGAGAGGUGGAAGGCUGGAUCCGAACGACAUGCGCAGGAAAUGGAAGGAUGUGAGUCUGAGCGGCGGGUAUAGGAAACUGCUGGGUCGGCCGGGCAAGGUUGAGUUCGAGGUCAAAGAAUAUGAGAAGGAGGAGGAGCAGAUGGUCGAGACGGAUUGGGAGAGGCUGGUUAAGAGGAAAGAGAGUGAGGUGUUCCACAGUAACGAGAUUAGUAAGGCGGCGGAGCAGAUUAUGGAGGUCGAUACGGAGGGUGAAGGGAAGCCCAGGGAGAAGAAGAUCGCGGUCGUUCUGAAGAUGCAGCUUGCUUCGAGCCAGUACGCUACUAUGGCGCUGAGGGAGCUGAUGAAGGCUGGGAAUGUGCAGACCUACAAGCCGGAUUUUGGGAGCGGGAGAUGA